AUGGAAAGAGAAGGCUGUCAAUGCGAAUGUUUAAAGAUCCCAGGGGUUUGUUUCGACCCCUCUGAUGAAGAACUUGUUACACAUUACCUGACAGAAAAGAUUGAGGGAAGGCCACUCCAAUGCAAUCAUCUGAUGACAGAGUUGCAGAUUUACGACGAUGAUCUGAUGCCAUGGGAGGUUCUCAGAGAUGAUAAUCCUUACUGGAUGACGUCUUCUUGUGAUUCGUUGAAUAAAACUAAGAAGACUAUCUAUGUGUUUACUGAGUUGAGAAAAAAGAAGAGCCGAGUGGUAAGGAGAAGUGGCCGCGGUUCAUGGACAGGUCAGAAUAAUCCUAUUGUCAAGGACAAGGAAGGUAAUGAGGUCGGAUAUAAUAAACUCUUGACGUUUUAUGAAGAUAGUGAUGACAAGAAGGGCAAGAAAGGCAAGAAGAAGAUUAAUAAUGAUAAUGAUCAUGGUCAUUGGAUAAUGCAUGAGUAUUCACUUUUUGGAAUUGGAACAACAACGCAAGAGUUACCGGAUAUGAUUUGUGGAAAGAAUGGACAGAGAGAUGGAGCAUGCAGAGGUUCGGAUGGGGCAGCUAAUGACUCUUGUAGUGGUGUUCAUGAAAUUCAAGACUUCAUGACAGUAGAUGCUCCUCGUAUUGAAGCAGUAAAGGCUAAAAAUCAAGCAGAUGAUAACAUGGAAGGCAACAAAGGAAUUCUUGAUGACUUCUGGAAUUUGCAACUGGAUCAUGAUGUUUUACCAACAGACACAGCUUGGGACGGGUUAGAUGAUGUGAUUUUGGACUUUUCUUCUCCAGAUUUGUUGGACUUAUGGCCGGUUGAAGAAACCCAAGAGCAGUCUUGUCCCUAG